GGGCGGGCCCGGCCGGGCCGUGAGGGGACCCAGGGCCGUGAGGGACCCCCGGGCCGGGCCACACACGCACCAUGGAGUCGUGGCAGCUCCGCUUCGACACUCUGGAGGCUCUGCGCCUCUCCAGCAAGGGCCAGCUGAGCUACUGCCGCCACUGGCAGGAGGAUGAGGCUGCCUUGGAAGGGUGUGUGGCUCCCGUUGAACUCUCCCCGUACUGCGGCUGGGUCCUGGACAGCAUCAGUGGGCAGGCAGCCCCAGAAAUCACACCCUCCGGGACUUCCACGCCCAAACAAUCCACGCCUCUCUCCAAACGGGCAUCCGCGGACGGGGUCCCGCCUGGCAGCCACCGGAGCUCUUCACCACCCUCCUCCGCGGAGCCAAGUGAGACCAAGGGAAAUGAUCAUCUCAGUCCCCUGGGAGUGGAUCAGGAAGUCUCUCCGGCAGUUCUCUCAUCCAAAGUUGCAAAAGUCGAAGGCUGCAUUCGGAUGUAUGAGGAGAUACACAGGUUGAAAGCAAAGGAGAGGCUGAGGCACAGGCAGGAGGAGCAGGAGCAGAUGGUGAGGGCAGCCUAUGCCCAGGCCAGCGAGCAGCUGAAGCGCUUCGAUGAACUGCGGGAGCUGAAGCGGCAUCAGGAGUUCCAAGAGUUGCAAGAAGUAAUGGAGAAGAGCUCAAAGGAAGCUCAGGGGCAGCAAGAGAAGCUGAAGGAAGAACACCGACACAGAGCAAAGAUACUGAACCUCAAACUGCGUGAGGCGGAGCAGCAGAGGCAGCGCCAGGAAGAGCUGGAGCGGUUGCGCAAGGAAGAGGGGCAGGAAAGAUUGCGCCGCCUUUACUCCAUCCAGGAGGAGCUGCUGCAGCUCAACCAGCAGAUUGAUCCCAACUACAGGCACAAAGACUUGCCCAGAAUCGACCUGUCUGCCUACAGCAAUCGUGGCAACCAGAUCUGUGGGCUGGUGUCAGGGCUCAUCCGCUCCACGAGUGAGAGAGGUUUCCCUACCCAAGCAGACGUGGCCAGCACUGAGCGAGCCCUGCAGGAGAUGCGGGGGUUGAUCUCCAGCAUGCAGCAGGAAAUCACUGCAGCCCUGGAAGAAAAAAGGAGGAAAGAUGAAGAGGAAGAGAGACAAAAGCAGAAGGAAUUAGAGAAGAAAGAGCAGAUGAAGAGUCAGACUCCUGCCCCUGCGCAGCAGUCGGGGGGAAAGCAGCAGAAGGAAGGACUUCAAGUUAAAACAGAGGAAAGUAUCAUGCAGUGGUACCAGCAGCUUCAAGAUGCUGCUGAGCAGUGCGUUGCUAAUUUCAGUGAAAUUGGAAACUGCAAAAGCAACACUGAGGUGAAGAAGAUAAAAACAAACCUGCAGAAAGCUGCUACAAUCCCUGUGAGCCAGAUCUCCAGCAUAUCAGGCUCUAAGCUGAGAGAGGUGUUUGACAAGAUCAAUAACCUGCUGUCUGGGAAGGCUGUUCAGACCGAAGGGCAGGCGGUGUCGGUGGCUCAGCAUCCACAGGGGCUGGAGUUCGUUUAUUACAAACUGGCAGAGAAAUUUGUGAAACACGGAGAAGGAGAAGUGUCUUUUCACAGGGAUUCAGCCUUCCCGAUUGCUGUGGUGCUCUCGGGAAUCUGGGAAUUGCACCCUCGAGUCGGAGACAUCUUUUUAGCUCAUCUGCACAAGAAGUGCCCAUAUGCUGUGCCAUUUUACCCUGCCAGGAAAGAGGGGACUUCCAUGGAGGAGUAUCAGAGGGUGCUUGGCUAUGAAGUUCACGAUUCUAAGGUGGAAGAACAAGAUCAUUUUCUCAAAAGGAUGUCAGGAAUGAUUCGUCUCUACGCUGCCAUCAUUCAGCUCCGGUGGCCUUAUGGAAACAAGCAGGGGGCACAUCCUCAUGGUCUGAGCUAUGGGUGGCGUUGGCUUGCACAGAUGCUGAAUCUGGAGCCUCUGGCAGAUGUGACAGCUAUGCUGCUCUUGGAUUUUCUGGAGGUUUGUGGCAGCGCUCUGGUGAAGCAGUACGGCAUUCAGUUCUGGAAAACCAUGUUCUUCAUCCAGAAAUCCUAUAUCCCAAGAAUUGAAGCCGUGACCAGCGCUGGCCAGAUGGGCUGUUUGUCACGUCUGAAGAGCUUUGUGCAGAAAUGUCUACAGGAGAAGGAAAUUCCACUCCCAAAGGGCAUUCUGACACCUUCCUUUUGGAGAACGUAAAUGGGUCUGUCUUUGCUGUCCCCUGGAUGUCAGUGCUCUCAGACCUGGCUUCCUGUUCACACCCAAAGGCAAAAUGUAUUUUGGGCACAGAAUCCUGGAAUGGUUUGGUUUGGAAGGGACAUUAAAGCUCAUCUUCUUUCACCCCCCUGCAUGAGAGGAAGAUAUUUUAUCAACCUCUUAAUUUUUAAUUCUUGAGGAUUUAUGUUGUUGAAGAUUGUUUUGCUGUAGACUUUCUAUGCAUUAGAUUUUUAUAAGUUCUUGUAUAAUAAAUUAUUGGCAAUGAAAGACUUCUCCUUCAUAUGUUUAAACACGUGGAAGAUGCUUUAAAUACAGUGUCCUGAUGGCUCCUGGACUUAAAAAUUGCACAGUGCUGUUCUGUUCGUGGAAGUGAAAAUACCUCACAGCUCUGUGAACUCUGGCAAUAUACUGUUUCGAGUUAAAAAUGUUAUUUUUACCAGAUUGGGGGUUGUUUUUCCUAGAGGCACUGCAGUUUGAAGCUGUAGAAAACGGAGUUGAGGCCAUAAUGAGAAGCUGAAUGUGAUUUUUGUAUAGCUCUUGAAAUUUCUGAUAGAAGGUUGUAAUACGUCCUUUGGAAUUCAGGCCUUUAAAACUGUAACCUUGGCUUUAAAAUGGACUGAUAAUAAGUUAAAUUUGUAUUUGGUUCAUGAAUUUUGUAAACUUGACUCUUGAAUUCUUAAGAUGAUCGUUACCUGUGAUUGUUCUGGGAAACUGGAAAUACCCUUCUGGUGUCCUUUUUUCCAGAUAACAGAAGCAAUGCAACUUUUUUUAAUGUACUUGAAAAUGUAAAGGGUUUUUUAAUACUGAGUGGGGAUGUUUUAAUUAUACAUUGCAUAUCCACGAUCAUGGUGGGGACUCACUUUGCCAAGACAUUAAUUGGUCCUGUCUGUCAGAAACAAUUGUCUGCCUGUGCCAAACCCAAGGAGGGAUUUGAUGAUUUAUAUAUGAAAUACAACACUUUUCUUCUUUUCUGCUGACAGCUACUCGGGGUUUUUAUCAUUUGUGGCACUAAUAAAAGUAUAUAUUUUUCUAAACAAA